UAUAGCAACACUAACAGAAACUUGGAACAUUUAGAUUAUUUCAAAAUAUAAAUAUGAAAUAUUAUAAGACUGUCCAUAGGUACAGAACUUUUACCUUGAUUAUCUUUCUGGUACAAGGUAAGGUUUUUGGAGAACCACAUUGCUCCAAGUUUCACUAUGAAGAACAAACUUUAGAGAAAAUUAUUCGUUUGGAAUUCCAAAUGGAAAGACUUCAGUUGGAAAUGGAGAAUACACAGAAGCGUACUUUGGAUACGUUAAACGAACUGGAAAACUUCAAAGAAAAAUUUUCAACUGAGUUCAAUGGCAUAAAAGAACAAAACAGACUAAACUUAGAAAACCGAUCUGAAGAUUUGAAAAUUUUAAAAGAUUCAGUUUCUAUUCCAACUGUUGCAUUCCGCUCACGGAAUCCAUCUUCAACCAGUCCAAAGUCUGGCGACAAGAUUGUUUUCACAGACACACUGCACGAUUCAGCAAAGUCUUACGACAACAGAACUGGGAUCUUCACGGCUCCUGUCGCUGGAACCUAUCUGUUCAAUGUUCACCUUUGCUUAGCCGACGGCAGCAGAUAUAUUUAUUAUGCGAUAAAUGUCGAAUCUACGGCCGUAACUAACACACUUUUACAUGACUCUUCAGAGCGAUUUUGCAACAGUGCCACUGCUAUUGUUUACCUUCGAAAAGAUGACAACGUGUACAUAAAAGUUCCCGGUACAAGUAGUAAUGCAUUGCGAGAAGCAGGUAAUGAGUGGAAUAUGUUUAGUGGAGUUUUGUUAAACAACAUAUAGCGAUUGCUAUGACAUUGACUCAAUGACACUAAUUGAUAAUUAUGACAAAUACGUACUUAGUCUCUGUUGUUUCACGAAUUGCCGGGACAAUAACCGAAAAUUUAAGUUGUAGAACUUUGUUUUCUGCAUCGUAAAUUAUUUUUAGAUUAUGAUGCGCUAUCAUUAUUACUGACAAUUUAGUUAAUUUAUAUGAGGUUUCGUCUUGAAAACUAGAAUGUAAAUAUAUAUAAGAGGAAUAUUUAGAUUAAACUAUUAAAACGCAAGUUUUACAUAUCAAAACGAAUUGUUUUGACGGUGGAUUGUGACUCACUCGCUGCUUAAAAUUUCCGUUACUGACCGCCAAAUCAACAGAAAAAAGAACAAAAACAUUGCCAGUCAAGAUAAAUAUAUAUACAAAAAUAACUUGCAUUUUAUAGGAAUAAAAAAUACUUUUUUGCCUGUCAAAAACUGUUGGUGUUUAGGCAACAUAACAACAUCAUUUACACAUAUACAAGGUGAAUAAUACAUACAUAACGAUUAUUUGAUUUGGUGACAUAUAGGUCCAAUGGGCCGGGUGCUAUCAUGUUAUAUAUUUAAUUAUGUAUUAUGAUGUAACUGUUUAUGCACACGUCACAGUAAUAAACAAUUUACUUACUUACUGUAUUCAAAUUUAAAUAAAAAGAAACAGGAAAUACCCAUGCACAGGCAUGCACGCGAUACUCGUGGACUACGCUUAAACUGUUUGAUAUCAUUUUUUUUCCCUAAAUGAUUGUUUAAAUAAUUCUUUACAUUUAAUUAACGUGAACCUUGUCUUAACAUUUUUGAGGCAAAACUGAAAAUAUGUAAAAUAAUUUCGUUUUUAUUAUGUUAAGUAUAUUCAUGAUAUUUGGCAGGUAAAAUAAAUAAUUUAUUUCUUUUUCAAUAUCAGAAAUUUAUAUUUGAACUAUAUACAUAUAAUAUUAUAUUACGUAGCUUAUAUGGCUGCAGUCAUCUUGGUUUUCAACGCUUGCAAAUGAAAUUUUGUAGACAUUAUUUGUUACAAUGUUAAGUCCAAAGAAAGGAUGGGCGUACUAUCCCCUAACGCAGUAUGUCUACUGCAUUAAAAUAUUUUUUACAACUAACCCCAGUCAUCAAUUUACUACAAUUUCAGUCGUAAGUUAUAGCAGGCUAGGGUUUUUCUAGCUAACAUGUGUAAACUCGCCAAAACUCAGUAGAGAGUCAUUUCGGCGGAACUAUAUUUCCGUGUGUUCCGCAACUCUCAAUACAUUCAUGUGAAGAGUCAGUGUUCAUGUUUCUGUAUUAUCCACAUGAAUUAGUUACAAGAAUUUUGUCCAACUUAUAUGAUCUAGUCUUAGGUUUUAACAAACACUUAGUUCGGGAAACACAUCCUUUCAAGGCUAAUUGUAAACUAAACUAUUUGCUAUGACAUUUGAUUACAGCGAUAAUUAUAAAAUUAUACUAA